CACACGUACGAUUGUAUUAUAUCCCAUUAUAGUUUUACUCAAUUAACUCCUUCCCAAAUCAAUUAAGCCAAAAGCAUAUUUUAUUCAUCACUAUCUUUCUCUCUCUUUCUUUUUUGAGUUUCAAAAUGCAUAAAUACGAGAAAGAGAGACGAAGACUCAAUUAAAGUCCAAGCACCAAUCUAGACCUCUUAGGAAAAAAACCUAAUCCCCAAACCUAAAAGGCCUUUCUUCUCUCUUCUUCUUUAUCUUCUUUAGCUUUUCUUCUCUUCAUUGUUCUUCACCAUGUCUUACGAAACCAAAGAUCUCUACAACUACCAAUACCCUUCAUCGUUCUCUUUGUACGAAAUGAUGAAUCUCCCUACUUCAACUCCACCUUCUUAUGGAAACAACGAUUUCGAUCCAUCUUCUUACUCUUUCACCGAUUGCCUCCAAAGCUCUCCAGGAGCGUACGACUCUCUACUCAAGAAAAAUUUCGGGAUUUCUCCCUCUUCUUCAGAGGUUUUCAACUCUUCGAUCGAUCAAGAAUCGAACCGCGAUGCUACUAAUGACGUUAUCGGUGAGACUCCAACUAGGGUUUCUGUAUCUUCUUCCUCGAGUGAGGCUGAUCAUCCCGGCAUAGAUUCCGGUAAGAGCCAGAGGAAACGAGAGUUAGUUGGAGAUGGAGGCGAAGACGAUCAAAGUUCCAAAAAAGUAGGGAAAACAAAAAAGAACGAGGAGAAGAAACAAAGAGAGCCACGAGUCUCGUUUCUGACUAAAAGCGAAGUUGAUCAUCUUGAAGAUGGCUAUAGAUGGAGAAAAUACGGCCAAAAGGCCGUCAAGAACAGUCCCUAUCCAAGGAGUUACUAUAGAUGCACGACGCAACGGUGCAACGUGAAGAAACGAGUGGAGAGAUCGUUCCAAGAUCCAACGGUUGUGAUUACAACUUACGAGGGUCAACACAACCAUCCGAUCCCGACUAAUCUCCGGGGAAGUUCCGCCGCGGCUGCUAUGUACUCUGCCGACUUCAUGGCUCCGAGAAGCUUUACACAUGAUAUGUUUCGAACUUCAGCUUACACUAGCGACGGUGCUGGAGCGGCGGCUUUGGAUUACGGAUAUGGACAGAAUGGUUACGGUAGUAUGAAUGUCAACCCUAAUUCACACCAAGGAGGUGAAUACGAGCUCUUGAAGGAGAUAUUUCCUUCCAUCUUCUUCAAGCAAGAGCAUUGAUCGAUCAUAGCUAUAACUUUAUAUAUAUAUAUCUUAUAUUUAUAUAUUACAUAUAUAUAGAAAGAGACCUUCCAAUAUAUAUGUAAGUUAUCUAUUUUUGUCUCUCUUUUUUGCAUGUACAUAUAUAUCUUCUUUUUCAUGAGAGAAUGAGACAGAAAUUGGGCUUGGAUUAUAUUUGAUGAUGUUUAAUGUGUUAACUUAUUUUUUUUUCCCCUUUGAUUUCUUCUUUUGUGUGUGU